AACUCACCGAGGUGAACGCGCUUCUGGGCUGCCCGCUGGUGAUGUUCCCACUGGAGCUGCUGCAGGAUGCGCAGGACGUCAACCAGCUUCACGAGCUGCCCGCCAGCGUCUCCGCGGCGGUGCUAACCAGCCUGCAGGCCGCCAGCAGCUACCUGCGGGAGGUCCUCAACUGCUUCGCACCAACAGCGGCUGAGGAGCAGCAAAGGAGCCCCAGCCAGGGUAGCGAGCUGCAGGCCAAGCUCUCUCGCCGUGUCGCCCAGCUGGCGCAGCUGGAGGCGCUUGCGGCGGCAUUGGCGGACAACCUGCAGCCGCCG